ACUAUCUGUGUAAUACCUAUUAACAAAGGACAGUAAUUUGUUUUUGGAAAGUAACGUAAAUCCUUACUAGUCCUUACUAAUACAAUAAAUGUGAAAGUGUGUUGGUUUGUUCCCUGCUGGUGUUUUAGUAGCUCAAAAAAAUUAAAAUCGUCGUAAUUUGGUAUACCUAAACGCAUUAUUUUUGGAAAAACAUCGACUACUGCCGGGUGAACCACGUGGAGGUCGACCUGAUAGGGUAUAUUAUUAGUAAUAGGCUUUCUCUUAUAUACGAUCACUUUACCAGAUAUUCUAAUUAUGUUUUACAUAUUACUGAUAAUUGUUUUGUCGUUGGUGCUUUUGCAUCUAUAUAUCAACUAUCAUGAGGACGCCAGGGUGUUCAUGAAGGUACCCGGGAUGAAGGACAGGUUCCUGAUUGGGAACGCAUUGGAAAUGAUUUGUGUGCAUCCAGAUAAAAUCUUUGAAUGGAGAACUUCACUAUCUAAACGGUUCAAUGGAAUAUAUAGAUUUUACACAUACCCGUUCAGAUAUAUAAAUAUUUACAACCCGGAAGAUAUUGAGAUUGUAUUAUCUAGUACUAAAUUUAUAAAGAAAUCUCGUUUGUAUGACAUCAUUAAGCCUUGGUUGGCAGAUGGAUUGCUUCUCAGCAGUGGGGCAAAAUGGCAACAACGCAGAAAGAUCCUGACGUCUGCUUUCCACUUUGAUAUUCUCCGCCAAUUCCAUACUGUCAUAGAGGAGAAUAGCAAACGAUUGACAGAAACUUUGGGAACUUCAGGGGAAAUUGUUAAUAUUGCGCCCAUUGUCACCGAAUAUACGCUUAACACUAUUUGUGAAACAGCAAUGGGUACGAAAUUAUCAGAUGAAACUUCAGCUGCAGCGAUGUCUUAUAAGAAUGCAUUACAUACCCUCGGCAAUCUAUUUAUACAACGUUUCAUCAAGUUGUAUUUGUUAAUCGAGUUUAUAUAUAAUUUAUCGUCAUUGAAGAUUCAGCAACAAAGGACUAUAGAUGUAAUAAAAAAAUUCACAACUGAUAUUAUUGACAAACGCAAAAAAUACUUAGAGCAAAAUGUAUUAACUAGUAAUCCAACAAAACAAGAUGAGGAUGAUGUUUAUAAGGGAAGAAAGAAAUUUGCAUUUCUUGAUUUACUGCUAACUGCAGAAAAUGAUGGAAAAAUUGACAAAAGUGGAGUACAAGAAGAAGUUGAUACGUUCAUGUUUGGGGGUCAUGAUACAACAGCAUCUGGGCUUUCAUUUUUGUUCCUGUUACUAGCAAAUCAUCAAGAUGUACAGGAAAAAGUAUAUAAAGAAAUACAGAGCAUAUUCGGCGAUUCUACAAGAAUAGCUACCACUAGUGAUUUGACUCAAAUGAAAUACUUGGAACUUUGUAUUAAAGAGUCUCUAAGGCUUUAUCCCCCAAUUCACUUUGUAGCAAGAAUUUUGAAUGAUCAGAUAAAAUUAAGCAAUUACACGAUUCCAGCUGAUACAGAGUGUCUAAUUCAUAUAUUUGAUCUGCAUCGUCGUGAAGAUUUGUAUAAAAAUGCUUUGACUUUUGAUCCUGAUCGAUUUUUACCUGAGAACAGUGUUGGUAGACAUCCGUACGCUUACAUACCUUUUAGUGCUGGACCUAGAAACUGUAUAGGUCAAAAGUAUGCAAUGAUGGAAAUGAAAUCAGCAACGUCAGCAGUGAUUCGCCGUUACAAACUUGAAGCAAUAACUAAACCAGAAGAAAUUAGGUUUUCUGGUGAUCUGGUUCUGAGAUCCAUUGAUCCGAUAAAUAUAAAAAUUAUCAAAAGAGAUGCAAAAAAUAUGUAAUAAAUAUGAGAAAAGGGGGACAGUGCACUUUUGGAGGGCAAUACAAAAAAUUAAACUAAGUUUGUGAAUUUUAGAAAUCUACGCAUAAUGCCAUGACAGACCAGAAAGAUCAUGGGUUUGAGUCGAAUAAAAUUUUGAGUAAUUUUGUAUUUAAUAUUUAUAAUUACACAUUAGUAUUUAAUUAUAAUUUAUAUAUACAUAGUGAUUAUAAAUUAUAUUAUAAUAACGUUUCGUUUUAAAUUAUAUUAUAGUAGAUUCAGUUUUCUGGCCGGUUGUAAAAUUAAAAAUAAAAGAAAAGAAUACAAUUAAUAAAGUUAUCUCAUUUAUUUAGGACUGUUUCUCGUUUUUUUUUUCUUUUGCCACUUAUAUUCAAAAUUAGAACGCAGGAUUAUUUUUUUCUGUUCUAAUAACAAACUUCUGCAGUAUUUGACAAAUUAUCUAUGUUGCUAUUUAUAGAAAAAAAAAAAAACGAGCAAAAGGGUUUCCAGCAAACAAGAGAAACGAGCAAGAGAGAUAAGAGCUGAAUUACCAUCAUUGUGCAAAUAUUUGACUCUCCAAACAAACAUUUUAUUCACAUUUAUUUUGUACCGAUGAAGCCUCGUAUAGUAAACAAGGGAGUCUUCUGUACAAAAUUAUGUUAACUGAAAUCAUGUUAUAAUUCUCAAUAUUCUUUAGGUGCUCUUAUUAAGUUUCUAACAGCGCGCUGUCGCAUAUCGAGUUUGAUGGCGUCCUUUUACGAGUUAAUAUGACACGGAACGCGUACAGAAAAGUCACAAUAAAGGGGCGUACAUUGGAUUUAAUAUCAGCUUCCGAAAAAUCGUUUAGUGUGGCCACUAAAAAAGAAAGUUGUUAAUGUAAUUUCAAAUUUUUGUUCCGAAAAAAUGUUGAAUUUAAUUAAGGUAAAUUACUUAUUAAUUAUUGCA